UCGUGCUGAGUUAUAGUACGGUGUACAUUUAAAGUUUGACACAUUAGAAUAAAUCCACUUUUAAAUGUUUGUCUCCUUUGUAAAUGUUUCGCUGCACACACUGGACAGGGUUCAAUUCGUGUGGAGAACAGGCUCAAACACAAUGAGGAGCUGAAGUGCUUUAUAUAUUUCCUAUUGCGUCAGCUGGGGCUUGGUAUUUCCACAGAUUUUACUUUCUCUUUCAUUCUUUUCAAGAAUCUCCACCAAGUAUGCGUGUAUUUAAUUUUGACAUACUAAAUAACGAUUAUUGUCAGUUGAUCUGGAUAAAUAUGCCAUGUUUUUUAAUAUCUUAAGUGUAUUUGUCUCUACGGUGGAUUUCACAUUCUCGCGGACGUUCUGAGGCAGGAAGAGAAAGCCAUAAUUAUCCUAAAAUAUAUCAACACUUUUGGAUUUAAUAAUAUCAGACACAACUGUCAUGAUGGGAUGGUGUUUUGUGCUCACUCAUCUGUUCGGCCUGCUCCUUCUGGGUGUUUCUGGUGAUGAUGUGGUGGUCACAGUGAUGGAGGGCGAUUCAGUCACUCUACACACUAAUAUCACUAAAAACGAGCAUGACAAGCUGCUGUGGUAUUUUGAGGACACUCGCAUAGCUCUGAUCAAUGGGCGUCCCAACACGAGCUGUUUAUAUAAUGGUGAAGGAGGGAGAUUCAGAGACCGACUGCAGGUGGACUACGAGACUGGAUCUCUGACCAUCACAGACGUCACAUCCGAACACGCUGGACGCUAUGAAGCAGAGAUCAUCAGAAGCGAGAGUUCAGGAAAAAGGCAAAGCUUAAACAGAAACCGCAAGUGCGACAGCACAAAAAUCACCAAAAAAAUCAGCAACACCCAUGAUGACAACAUAAAAGCUUUCUAUAUUACUGUGACUGCUGCUCUCUCUGAUCAAGUCAGGAAUGAUGAAGAGCCCCGUAUGGAGAAGAGAGUCUUGAGUUCAGGUCUGUCUUCAGCUGCUGUAGCAGGAAUAUGUGUUUCUGUUCUGCUGUUGAUUCUUGUAUCUGCUGCUGCUGUGAUUUACUAUCGCCACAAGAUCUCCAGAAAUGCAGAAAGGAAGGAAAACCAGUAUAAUGAAUUGUCCACUGAUGAGAUAAUCCCAAAUGGAGUGUGAUUAUAAAAUGAGAAAGAAUUGCUGCUGCUGUUUUGUUUUUUUUUUUUGGUUAUAUUAUUCAUUUAUAAUCAUGUAAUCAUUUCUAUUGUUAUUCUCCGGGCUUUUAUUAUGUCUUCUAUUGCUGUUUUAUCUUCCAAUCACGUGGUUUCCAGGGGGAUUUCUUUUCAAGAGUAGGAGUAUUGUCUUUAUUUAAAUGGUUUGACAUAUUUUCCAUUCCAUUGGCUUUGGUAUAGCAUUACUUGGAAAAUGUGUGCUGGUCAGAGGAAGUAGGGAUGAAGUACAGGUGAAGUCUGGGCAUUGAAAUGUGUGCAAUUACAAUGAUUUAUUAUACCAUCUGUUAACUGUGACACUAGGAUUCAAAUGAGUUAAUUUAGCAAAUGUAUUUAUUCAAUUUAGCAGAUGAGCAUCAUAAGCACUUUAUCACAGGAAUUGUUAAAACAAGCUGAAGGACAGAUACUUGUUGCAUUACAACUUGGGCCGUUGCAAUAACUGCAAUACUGCAAUAACAUGCUAUAUGCUCAUCUCGUUUUAUACUUUGUGAAUGUGCACUGAAUAUUACAUAAGUUAGAAUUAAUAUCAUAAUGUGAACCAUGCAGAUUUAUUCAGAGGCUCCUUAUAUUUGCACUUUUCUAUAAACAGACAGCGAAUGAGAGAGAGUAUGUGAUGUGUGAUAACUUGCUAUUCAUGUAUGUUUGUAAAAAUAGGUUGUCAUGCCCAAUGAAAGCGAAAUCUCUGUCUUAGCAUCGAUGCGGUCUUCUAAAGUGACGCUCAAAGUUAAAAUGACUUCGACAGCGAGUUUUAUUGCAUCUCUCUUUGAAUGUAUCAGCGUUUUUGAAUAGGUGAGAGAACGUAUUAACGACUCACUCAAACACAGUCCGUAUCUGCCACCUUGUGGAACAACACUGUAACUGCACUGACCGACAGCCCGUCUAGAAAGCGCACAGGUGGAAAUAUCAAUAGAAAGUCUAGUCAGAUUCCAGGAUCAGAAGUUAUUGUUACACAUAUAGGCUAACAAUAGCAUAACAAUCUGGUUUAUGUUGUUUUAGGUGGACCGUUAUUUUGCCAUUCACUUUUGUUCAAACACUUUUUGGUUACGGUUUUACUGGUUUCUGAAUAUUAUCUCAUUAUUUUGUAACACAUACACUCACACAUU